AUUAAUUUGAAUCAAUAUAAUAUAAGAACAUUAAAAAGUUGUAAAUUCUAAAUGUAAGUAAAAAAUAAAUUUUGCAGCUGAUUUUUCAUAUUUUUGUGAUUAAAUCUCAUGUGAGUUUGUGACCAUAUCUUUUGAUUCUUCCAUCUCAUACACACGCUUUACGACGUCGUUUAGCAGAGGGAGCGUGAUGGCCACAAGCUCUCUCUCUCCCUUUACCUUUCAUAUAUCUAAUAUCUUCUGUCUUACUUCAUAAACAAAUCACUGCCACAUAGAGAGUGAGUAAGAGAGAGUUAUUCCAAUGGCUAUCAUCGCAAGCACGUUCGGCACGGGGCUAAGUUACGCCGGGGAGCUUCCAUUCAAGCCAGUCACCGGGGGAGAGGUGGGACGAAAGCAGCAGAGAAUGGUGGUGGUGAGAGCAGAAGGCGGUGGAGGUAUCAAUCCGGAGAUCAGAAAGAACGAAGAUAAGGUUGUUGACUCCGUCGUUGUCACCGAGCUUUCCAAGAACAUAACUCCCUAUUGCAGGUGUUGGAGGUCGGGGACGUUUCCAUUGUGUGAUGGGAGUCAUGUGAAGCACAACAAAGCUAAUGGAGAUAACGUUGGCCCUCUUCUUCUCAAGAAACAGUAGUUCUUUUUGUUUUUUUUCUUGUUGUUUGUGUGUGAUGUAUUGAUACUCGUCUAAUUGAAUAAUAAGAAAAUUAUCUAGUGAAAUGAAGCUUAUAAUAAAGGAAAAAUAUUCAAAAUUU